CACACAGCUCGCUACCCCCACCAAAACACGCGAUUACCAACGAUUUCCCCGCGAAAUGUGAACGAAGACAAAACGAAGAUUCACGAGACAAAGUGACCACAUAAACACAAAUAAGGGGAAAAACAAACAAGCAAGAUUUUCCAGCACCGCAAUAUUUUAUUUUUUCCUCAAGUUUUACCAAAUCUUUGGACAAUGGAGAUCCUGGACACGAAUUUCAGUGAAAAACUCCCGGAAAUUGUGGAAUGUAUCCGCAAAGCGAAUUUUGUGGCUCUUGACCAGGAAUUCACGGGAUUAUUUAGGGAUAGUACCUUUGGGCAACCAUAUGCAUCUGUCCAGUCGCACUACAGUAAGAUGGCAAAACUCUUUGAUGGCUUCAUUGUCAUCCAAUUGGGUAUUUCGGCAUUCUGGGUGGAUCCGGAAGAUGAGACAAAGUUCCAAUGUAGAACCUUCAAUAUUUACCUGUAUCCACGUGGGAGGAGGAGUACAUUUCGCUUUGAGGGUUCCUGUAUUGAUUUCCUGGUCAGCAAUGGCUUUGAUUUCAAUAAACUCUUCCUCAAUGGGGUGUCGUACUGCUCAAUCCAAGACGCGGAGAAGAUGAAGGCACAACUCCAGCAGCGACAUGCGGAAAUGGCUGAACAAAUGGCUAGAAAUGAAGCUGAUCUCACUUCCCAUAUCCCCGUGCCGAAUGGAGAGAAGGAAACCAUUGACAAAGCUUGUGAGGAAAUUGACAAAUUCCUGGCGUCAGAUGAUGAGGAAUUAAUCUUGGAUAGCUACAAUGGUUUCCAGAGGAAGCUAAUCUAUCAAGCUAUUGAGGAGAAAUUCUUCGGGAAGGUCACAGCAAGCCCCAAGGAGAUGGAAAAGAAUCGCAAAGCCAUGGCAAUUACGAGAAAAAAAUCCCGAGAGGAGGAAAAGAAGAUCUUUGAGGAGAAAUGUGAGCAGGAGAUGAAGAAUCUCGAUGCUCAGAUUGGUGUGACUCACAUCUUUAAUGCUCUCGCUGAAUCUAAAGUCCUCAUUAUUUGUCACAACAUGUUUCUGGAUCUCAUGUAUUUUAUGCGCCAAUUUACUGGACCACUGCCAGAUGACCUCAAUGAGUACAAGAAGCUCGUUCAUGAUCACUUCCCGAGUAUUUUAGACACAAAAUACCUCUGUUCCGGGGAGACCCUCAAGCCCCACGUAAACUCCACAGUGUUGCCCCAUUUGCUGGAAACUUGCCGAAAUGAACCAUUUGGGAUGCCAAAAGUAGAGUGCAUCGGUGAGGAAAAGUACUCAGUUGAGUGCGAGAAGGAACACGAAGCUGGAUAUGAUGCCUUCAUUACGGGAAUCUGCUUCAUUUCUCUUGCAACCUUCCUCAAAAUUCCCCCAAAGGAGCUCAAUGGCAAUUGCAAGAAGCUGAAAAGCUUCAAGAAUAAAAUCUUCCUUAUGGGUCUGGAAGAUAUAUCAUGCAUUAAUCUCACAGGACCUGAUGGAAAACCCUCCCGGCAACAUGUUUUCCACACAACUUUCCCCUCAACGUGGAAGAGUGGAGACAUUGUCAGGCACUUCCGGAAUUUUGGUCAAAUUCACAUAAAGUGGAUAAGCGAAGGGAGUGCUUUUGUGGCUCUCCAGCAGCGAGAAUACGCCGCGUCUGUGAUGAAGAAAAUCGGACGGACGCCUGGGGUGACUGUUAUGCCGUACACAGAGUACGAGGCCAUACAGUCACCAGCUGUGGAUGCAGCAAAGAAGAGGAAAGCCUCACAGGAAGAAGCGGAGAAGUCAUCAGCCAAAAAACCUCGUCCUUUGUCAAAGAGAUUCGAUGAGAGCUCUGAUUGGUGAGAUUUGUAAGUUGAUUCUGACAAUAAAGCCAUCUUCCUGGACAAAA